CAGUCACACAAACGCAAUUUGUUGUUUUCUAUCAUCAUAGCUGGUAAAUUGAUGUGAACCCAAUUGGGCCCCAAUGUGCUGCAAGGCUGCUGUUCCAGGCAAACUCAACUCGGCAUUCGAUUUAAAGCUUUGUGUGUGUGUGUGCGAGUGUGUGUGUGGGAGGAGCAGUGGGAUUCCAUUUAUUUUCGGCCACACUGAGAAUUCCAAACGGAACGCGUGUAAAGUUUUUUUAUGAACGCAAAUAUUAACGGAGGCGCGGCUGCCUCUGGAGCUGGAGCUGUUGGUGGAGGUGGAGGUGGAGGCGGAAGUGGAGCAGGUGGAGGAGGUGCUGCUGCAGCUGGAGGUGGCGUUGCAGGAGCCGCAGCAGCUGCUGUUGCUGGUGGCGGUGCUGUAGCUGCUGGCGCAUCAGCUGGAGCCGCUGGAGCUGGAGCUGCGGCACCUGCUGUUGGUGUUGUGGCAGCUGGCGAUGCUGCAAAUUGUGCCAGUGGCAAUAACAAUGCAAAUCCAGUGGCGACCACAAAUGGUGGCAGCGAAGGCACCACAACGCCCCUCAACGAGGAUCAGGAUGCCAAGCGACGCAAAUGCCUGGAAACAGACGAGGCACAGGAUGGCGCUAGCACAAUGAUCGAUGCGAAUAGCGUGCUGAACAAGAUUGCGCAUCUGUAUGCGGACAAACUGAUGUCGGACAUUGUGCUGCUGGUCGAUGGCAACGAGUAUCCGGCUCAUCGUGUCAUUCUCUGCGCCAGCAGCGAUGUCUUUCAGGUGAUGCUCAUGAACCCGGAGUGGAAUGAGUGCAGCAAGCGUGUCAUUGAGCUGCACGAGGAAGCCUGCUGUUCGGCGGUUUUUCCACAGUUCAUCAAGUAUCUGUAUGUGGGCCACAUUGAGGUGGCGCUGCAGACGGUGAUGCCAAUGCUGGCAUUAUCCGAUAAAUACAAUGUACGCGACCUCAUCGAACUGUGCGUUGGCUAUAUGAUGAAGCAUGUGGCGAAGGCGGCUACCAGUGGCUAUUUGGUCUCAUGGUUACAAUAUACAUUGUCAUUUACGCCCACGCAUAAUGAUCUCACCGAAACGUUGAAGCGUUUUCUCAAAUGGAAUCUGGGCAUGGUCGCUGAAUCGAAGGAUUUCGUUGAUAUGGAUCCGGCCAUAUUGCAAUUGCUGUUGCAGCAGAAUGACAUUGUUGUCGCCAGCGAGUACAAAUUGUUUAACAUAUUGCAGACGUGGCUACUGCAUCGUCACGAUCUCAUCGAGGCCACCAGCAAUCUGAGCGCCGAAAAGAAGGCCAGCAGCUUUGUGGAGCUCAUCGAACAGACGGUGAUGCAUAUACGUUUCGGGAUGAUGACACCCACCGAGCUAUCAAAAUUGAUGUGUGUGCCGUUGAUUAAGUAUCACAAUAAGUUCCUCGUUGAGCGCAUUGCCAUCGGUAUGAGCUAUCAAUCUGGGCAGGAGGAUCGGGUGCGUGAGGUGCGCUAUUCGGAGUGCGGGGAGCUGCAAUUUACGCCACGUCUCUAUUGGAACGAUACGUGGAGUGUGGGCAUCGAUGUGCCCAACUUUGAUGAGAUUGAGGACUAUAAGAAUUAUGUAACCUGCUUCUUUUCGCAACGUCAUAUCGCCGAGACUGAGGAUGAUCCCUGCAUGACUUGGGAAAUCGAAUUCUUUCCGCGCGGAGUCAAGUACAAUAAGGCCAAAAUGGUGUGUGGCGAGGAUGUGCCCGGCUGCUCACUAAACACGGUGCGAUUGCGAGUCACCUGCAAGCACAACAACAUCGAGGAGGAGCGCUUCAAGAUUGCUGUGCUCAUUGUUGGAGUGCAAAAUCAAAUUCCGCACAUACGAACCGUUGUGGAGCGAACAGAGUAUUUUUCGGAUGAGGCGCGUGUCAUCAAUUUGGAUAAUCUAUUGCCAUACGAGGAGCUGGAGCAUACAUCGCCCUAUUUGAGUCCCCAUCUGACUGGGAAUCAGCGCAAUACGCUCUCCCUGCAUGUGGUCAUCACACCAAUGGAUGCGCACACCUGUCGCGAUACGCCGCCAUUUCAAUUUUGAACAACAAAAAGACACAAUCCACAAUAUCCAGAAUAUGUGCGAAUUCAGAUCUAUAUAUGCUAUAUAUAUAUGUGUAUAUAUAUAUUUAUGUAUAUACAUAAAACAAAAACAAAGUGUGUAGAAUUUCGAUGGAAGAUCGUUUUGAAUUGCAAAUUGAAUCGGAAUUUACAUGAUUUGCAAAUGUAUUUAUUCUGUGUGUAUGUUUUUUGCAUAGCGAUAUAGCUCUUAACCAUUUAUUUCUUCCAUAACUUUGUAUAAAUGACAUGAACAUACGAUUGCAAUACGUUUGUAGAGUGUUUAAUUCUUAUUUCUAAAUAAUUAUAAUUCAAUUAUGUUUUUGUUUUCUUUUUUUUUUGUGUUCUCACAUGGACUUGAAGUUAUGAAAGAAUAUAGAGAGCUAUUUAAUUGAUACAUGUAUUUUGGAAUUUAACUUAAUAACGUUUAUGGCGGGCAUAACGAAUUUGGAAAUGCAAAUGUUUCGAUGAUGAACGUUGAUUGAUAUAUAGUAUAUAGUCAAAAUGCGAUUAAGAUUGUUGACGUCUGGUAUUGUCGGUUUAUCAGCAAUGCAAAAAAAAGAAAGAAAUAUAUAUCUUUGUACUCUUUUAAAAAUAAGUUACACUUACCUAUAAAGUAAUUGGUGUUAGACUUUUGUUGUUCAACUUCGAUGUGUUGACGUAAACGUAAAAACGUUUUGCCAAUUAAAAACGCUAUCUAACGUAUCCGCAUCCGUAUCCGUAUCUCUGCUGUAUUCAAGUAUGAGUAUCUUUGUAUCUGUAUAUGUGUAUAUAAGAUGAUAUUCUUAAGUCAAAUCAUUGCGUUUAGCUUAACUCUUUUACGUGUUCUUGUUUUCGUGUAAAUAUUAUCAGCAUGUCGGUCUUAACUAUCUCACUACAUGGCUUUUUGUUAUACCAUAAGAGUACACCUAAAUCAUCAUAAACCGUAAGCUUCUCCGUAAUAGAUAAAUACGAUUGCUGUGUUUCGAAAGUGCAAGUAAUUGUCCAUGCAUCCGAAGAGUAUGGCAAAUACACAAUGGAUAAAGCAAAGAGCGAGUGAACGAGAGAAAAAGAGAGAGAUAGAGUGAGAUGAAAUGUACAUAGAUACAAAUGCAUCUGCAAGUACGCUGCAAUUUACAGAGAUACAUAUAUUUAUACAAUACAUACUAUAUUAUGAAAAUCGUACAUUAUUGUUACAUACAUACAUACAUACACAAAUGAAUAUGCCUGAAGAAGGUUUCCUGCAAUUCAUUCUCGUGUUUUCCCCCAUCGAUUUCAAAAUUUUGUGUAUCAUUAAUUGAAUACUGUGUUUUUUUUUCUAAUUCGUAGUUUUCAGUCUAUGCUAAGAACUUCUGUAUUAUUAUAACAAAAUACAAAAAAAAAACUGUA